UGUGGCUGCUGCGGUGCCCUGCGCCCCAGGUACAAAAGGCUGGUGGACAACAUCUUCCCUGAGGAUCCCGAGGAUGGCCUGGUGAAGACCAACAUGGAGAAGCUGACCUUCUACGCCCUGUCAGCUCCAGAAAAGCUCGAUCGCAUUGGCGCCUACCUCUCUGAGAGGCUCAUCCGUGAUGUGGGUCGUCAUCGAUAUGGGUACGUGUGCAUCGCCAUGGAGGCGCUGGACCAGCUGCUCAUGGCCUGUCACUGCCAGAGCAUCAACCUCUUCGUGGAGAGUUUCCUCAAGAUGGUGGCCAAGCUGCUUGAGUCUGAGAAGCCCAACCUGCAGAUCCUUGGCACCAACUCGUUUGUGAAGUUUGCCAACAUAGAGGAGGACACCCCAUCCUACCAUCGGAGCUACGAUUUCUUUGUGUCUCGCUUCAGUGAAAUGUGCCACUCUGGCCAUGAAGACUUGGAGAUCAAGACUAAAAUCCGAAUGUCAGGUAUCAAAGGUCUACAAGGGGUGGUGAGGAAGACCGUGAAUGAUGAACUGCAGGCCAAUAUCUGGGACCCACAGCACAUGGACAAGAUCGUCCCAUCCCUGCUUUUCAAUCUGCAACACGUGGAGGAGGCAGAGAGCCGGUCCCCCUCCCCACUGCAAGCACCAGAGAAGGAGAACCCUGCAGAGCUGGCUGAGAGGUGCCUCCGGGAACUGCUGGGCCGGGCUGCCUUUGGCAACAUCAAAAACGCCAUCAAGCCUGUUCUCGUCCAUCUGGAUAACCAUUCUCUUUGGGAACCCAAGGUGUUCGCCAUCCGUUGCUUUAAAAUCAUCAUGUACUCAAUUCAGCCGCAGCACUCCCACCUGGUUAUCCAGCAGCUCCUGAGCCACCUGGAUGCCAACAGCCGCAGCGCGGCCACGGUGCGGGCGGGCAUCGUGGAGGUCCUGUCGGAAGCUGCUGUCAUCGCCGCCACGGGCUCUGUGGGGCCCACGGUGCUGGAGAUGUUCAACACUCUGCUGAGGCAGCUGCGGCUCAGCAUCGACUACGCUUUGACCGGGAGCUACGAUGGGGCCAUCAGCCUUGGCACCAAGAUCAUCAAGGAGCACGAAGAGCGCAUGUUCCAGGAGGCGGUCAUCAAGACCAUAGGCUCCUUUGCCAGCACGUUGCCUACUUACCAGCGCUCCGAGGUGAUCCUCUUCAUCAUGAGCAAGGUUCCGCUGCCUUCCCUGCAUCACCCCGUGGAGGUGGGGAGGACGGGGGAGAACAGGAACCGGCUGACCCAGAUUAUGCUGCUGAAAUCCCUCCUUCAGGUAUCCACCGGCUUCCAGUGCAACAACAUGAUGUCAGCUCUGCCCAGCAACUUCCUUGACCGCCUUCUCUCCACCGCCCUCAUGGAGGACGCAGAGAUCCGUCUCUUCGUUCUAGAGAUUCUCAUCAGUUUCAUUGAUCGUCAUGGCAACCGUCACAAGUUCUCCACCAUCAGUACCCUCAGCGACAUCUCUGUCCUGAAGCUGAAAGUGGACAAGUGCUCCCGGCAGGACACCAUCUUCAUGAAGAAGCACUCCCAGCAGCUCUACAGACACAUCUACCUGAGCUGUAAGGAGGAAACGAACAUACAGAAGCACUACGAGGCGCUCUACGGCCUGCUGGCGCUCAUCAGCAUUGAGCUGGCCAACGAGGAGGUGGUGGUGGACCUCAUCCGCCUGGUGCUGGCUGUCCAGGACGUGGCCCAGGUCAAUGAAGAGAACUUGCCUGUUUACAACCGCUGUGCCCUCUACGCGCUGGGUGCCGCCUACCUGAACCUCAUCAGCCAACUCACGACAGUGCCUGCCUUCUGCCAGCACAUCCGCGAGGUGAUAGAGAGCAGGAAGAAAGAGGCUCCGUACAUGCUCCCUGAGGACGUGUUUGUGGAGAGGCCCAGGUUGUCUCAAAACGUCGAUGGAGUGGUGAUUGAGCUUCUCUUCCGCCAGAGCAACAUCAGUGAGGUCCUGGGGGGCAGUGGUUACAAUGCAGACAGGCUCUGCCUGCCCUACAUCCCUCAGCUGACAGAUGAGGAUCGCUUAUCCAAGAGGAAGAGCAUUGGAGAAACCAUUUCCCUGCAGGUGGAGGUAGAAUCGAGGAACAGCCCAGAGAAGGAGGAGCGCGUGCCUGCCGAGGAGAUCACCUAUGAGACGCUGAAGAAGGCCAUUGUGGACAGCGUGGCCGUCGAGGAGCAGGAACGUGAACGGCGGCGACAGGUGGUGGAGAAGUUCCAGAAGGCGCCCUUUGAGGAGAUUGCAGCGCAUUGCGGGGCCCGGGCAUCACUGCUGCAGAGCAAACUCAAUCAGAUCUUUGAAAUCACCAUCCGGCCCCCACCAAGCCCAUCAGGAACCAUCACCGCAGCCUAUGGCCAGCCUCAGAGCCACUCCAUCCCUGUCUAUGAGAUGAAGUUUCCCGAUCUGUGCGUAUACUGAAUUCCAAGACACAGCUUCUCGGAGGGCUGGGGCCUGAGGGAGGGGCUCGCCUUCACGCCCACCCCCGACGCCUUGGAGAUCUAACUGGGAUCUCAGAGAAAAAGCACCUUGGACAGCUAAGCAAGGUGGAGCCCUGGGCCCCACUGCCCCCCUCUCAGCCUCCCUGCUUCCUCUUUGUCUUCCCUGAGGGAGAUC